CAUAAAUUUACAGCGGCGUUGGCUGUUUGAAAUUUUUCACAUUACACACAUAAAUCCAGCAAAGAUGGUCGUCGAAAACCUCUUGAAAAAUGUCCACUGUUUGUUUAUACAGCUCCGCACAUAUGCUACAUACCUGCACCGACGACACCUAUGUACAUACACGUACACGUAUGGAAGCUCCUGUGUGUGUGGCCAGGUGAGAAGAGGUCCUGGUCCUUGGUCCUUGCUCCUUGCUGCUUGGUCCUUGGGCGCGUGCUCGGCGAGCUAUUUGCCGCCGCCCGUAGCUGAGUUAUCUGGCAAAUAAUGGAACGUGCUGUGCAGAUGAUGCGUUUUCAUAAAUUUUAAAUAAGCACAGCAGCUGGCACAGGACUCCCAGAUCCCAGAACCCCAGCCAAUCCUUUGGAGCAGCUGAGCAACGGCGAUAGAGAUAGAGAGAGAGAGAGAGAGUGCCAAGAAGACAAUGGAGGACACUCUGUGCUGGUGCAUAAUAUCAAAUUUUAUUCGAAAGUUUAGUUGCGUUUGCUUAACGCCCGCCCAUCUCUUAAGUGGGCUGAUUCAUUUAUCAAGCACUUUAUCAGCAGCAAUCGGUUAAAUGGCCAAGCGACGAGCUACGGACAAAUGGACGGAUGGACCAUCGGAUAGAUGGAUGGAUGGAUGAAUGAAUGGAUGCGCAAAAAAGUCCGGCGAAAAUUGAUUUCUAUCCAUUUCGGACCCAUUGUUUUUCAACCCCAACACCACAGUCCAGGUUUUGGGUUUUAAAUGGCCAAACCCUAGAGCAGCCAGUCCCCGAUACCAUACGCCAUAUACCAACCAUAUAUUCCAAAUACCAAAGGGGGGACGCAAUAAUCGCUGGGAAUUCCCAGCUAGAAAUAUGCGGCUGGACCAACUAAAAAGUGUAGAAAAACCGAGUCGUUUUCGAACUCGUUUGGAUGCUCCGCUAAAUGUUUUAGCAUACAAAAUAUGAAGAAAAUCAUUUCAUUUUACUGAAAGCAUGACCAUUUAUAGUGGCUCUGGCUAAACGAGUUUUCAGCCCUUUUCUGGCCGUUUCCUCUGCCGAGAGCCUGCUCUAUUGGAUUACAACUUGACGGGUAGGGUCUUCUGCCUGAACUUUUUCGAUGAUACUCGUCGUACUGCGACUUGGACUGAGAUCGUUGAAUUAGCAUAAUGUCGACGGCAGCAUUUGCAAGAAUAGGGCGGCAAGAUAUCGAUGCGCUUUGUUUAUGUCGGCUUGGCCAUUGUUUUAUCGCACAAGCUUCGUUUUUCGAAGGUGGAUAGCAUUUCAAGAGACAAAAGCUGCCGAAGAAGUUACCAAAAAAUGCUUCGAGCCAACAAAAACAACGGUGGUAAAGUCUGCAUGAACUUGAGCGCAGUCCAGUGACACCGAUCGGUUGGUUUUCGUAUAAAUAUUGGACCUUUCGGUGAUGCAAACGUCAGACACAACCAAGUGGUCAAAGUCAAAGAACUAAAUUCAAAAUGCGUGCCUUCAUUGUUAUGUGCUUGGUGGCAGUCGCCUGCGCCGAUAAGCUCGGCUACAACUACCAGCCCGUGGGACACUCCAGCUCCGGACUGUCCUUCGCUCCUGGCAGUGGCAGCAUUGGAGGUGGCUCCAUUGGCGGAAGCAUCGGAGGAGGCAGCAUUGGCGGAGGCAGCAUUGGAGGAGGCAGCAUUGGAGGAGGCAGCAUUGGAGGAGGCAGCAUUGGAGGAUCCAUUGGCGGUGGUUCGAUUGGAGCCAGCAUCGGAAGCGGUGCCGGUCUGGGUGGUCUGAGCAGCUUUGGCGGUGGCAGCAUUGGAAGCAUUGGUGGUGGUGAAGCCCUCAGCGCCCCCGUCUCCUACAGCGCCCCUGCCCCCGCUGCUGAGCUCCAGAAGGAGUUCUUCACCUACACCGCCAACGAGCAGGACUUCGACGAGCCCCAGCAGCUGGAGCGCGUUUCCUCUGCCCUCAACAAGGCCCUCCGCGUUGUCUUCAUCAAGGGACCCGAGAACCGUGGUCUGGAGAACGCUGCCCUCGCCCUCGCCAAGCAGGCUGCCCAGCAGGAGACCGCCAUCUAUGUCCUGAACAAGCAGGCCGACAUUGGAGAUCUGGCCAGCAAGUUGAACGCCAUCCGCAACAACAACAACAACAAGCCCGAGGUGCACUUCGUCAAGUACCGCACUCCCGAGGAUGCUGCCAACGCCCAGCGCGCCAUCCAGGGUCAGUACGAUCAGCUGGGAGGAUCCAGCCAGGCCCACAACGGUGGUGUUGCCCCCGUCCUGAACUUCGCCUCCGCCGCUCCAGUGCGUCAGGCUGCCGCCCAGAGCCCCGACAACUCGUACCUGCCUUCUUCGGUCUUCCGUCGCGUCUAA